AUGGGGCGUGUGGGCAUUUCCAUCGCCGUUCUGGCAUUGCAGACGCUUGUCUCUGCUAGUGGCUGCCCUUUUGCUGAUCCUGCUAAUCUUCACGCUCGAGCCGCCGGUACACCACAGAACCCUAUCGCGGAUGCCACGGUCGACGAUAGCAACGGCUAUCUAACGGACGAUGUCGGUGGUCAGAUUAGCGACCAAGAUAGCCUCAGAGCAGGGGAGAGAGGUCCAACUCUCCUCGAGGAUUUCAUCUUCAGACAAAAGAUGACCCACUUCGACCACGAGAGAGUCCCGGAACGUGCUGUACAUGCGCGAGGCGCUGGUGCUCAUGGUACCUUCACCAGUUAUGGCGACUGGAGCAACAUCACCGCUGCGUCUUUCCUGAACAGUGCUGGGAAAGAGACUCCUGUCUUUGUCAGGUUUUCAACCGUCGCGGGAUCUCGUGGCAGUGCUGACACGGCGCGUGAUGUUCACGGUUUUGCUACACGUUUUUAUACUGACGAGGGUAACUUUGAUAUUGUCGGAAAUAAUAUCCCAGUUAGCCCCGAUAGCGAGAUUCCACAAGCAGCUACCGCUCAUGAUUCAGCAUGGGACUUCUUCUCUCAGCAGCCAAGUGCCCUUCACACUCUUUUCUGGGCAAUGGCUGGGUAUGGUAUUCCUCGAAGUUACCGUCACAUGGAUGGCUUUGGCAUCCACGCUUAUCGUCUGGUUACGGACGAGGGUGAAUCCAAACUUGUCAAAUGGCAUUGGAAGACCAAACAGGGAAGAGCCAGCCUAGUUUGGGAGGAGGCCCAAGCACUCGCCGGCAAAAAUGCCGACUCCCAUCGUGCCGAUUUGUUCGAGGCCAUCGCUUCUGGCAACCCCCCUGAAUGGGAGCUGGCUAUCCAGGUCGUAGAUGAGGACAAAGCAACCGCGUUCGGCUUUGAUCUGCUAGACCCGACUAAGAUCAUUCCCGAAGAGCUCGCGCCAUUGCAGAAAAUUGGCGUAAUGAAGCUGAACAGGAACCCAACGAACUACUUCGCCGAGACGGAGCAGGUUAUGUUUCAACCGGGGCACAUUGUAAGAGGCAUUGACUUUACUGAGGAUCCGUUACUGCAAGGACGUAUCUUCUCGUACCUGGACACUCAAAUCAACCGACACGGAGGCCCCAAUUUUGAGCAACUUCCUAUCAACCGACCGGUAAUUCCUAUCCACAACAACAACCGGGACGGAGCUGGUCAGAACCUCAUUCACAAGAACACUGCUGCUUACUCACCGAAUACAUUGAACGGUGGCUUCCCUCAGCAAGCCAACCAGACAAGCGGCCGGGGUUUCUUCACGGCGCCUUCUCGCACCGUAAGCGGCAAUCUUGUCCGCGGCUUGUCCUCGACCUUCAACGACCAUUGGUCUCAACCCCGACUGUUCUACAACUCUCUCGAGCCAAUCGAGCAACAGUUCCUGAUCAACGCCAUCCGCUUCGAGACAAGUAACCUGCAGUCCACCUCCGUCAAGGAGAAUGUCCUGCGCCAACUCAACCGAGUCAGCAACGACGUGGCCGUGCGCGUAGCUAGUGCUCUAGGCAUGAAGGCUCCCGCACCCGACAGCAAAUACUACCACGACAACACCACAGCCGGCCUCUCCAUCACCAAGGACAAACUGCCCACUAUCGCCACCCUCAAAGUCGGCAUCCUUGCCAGCAUCGCCAGCAACUCCUCGGCCCUGAACCAGGCGAACCAGCUCAAGCAACGCUUCACGGCAGACGGGUUAACCGCCACUAUCGUAGCGGAGCGUCUCACCAGCGGCGUGGACAAGACAUAUUCCGCAGCAGACGCGACGGAUUUCGACGCCCUCGUCGUCGCAGCCGGCGCCGACACCGCCGGCAUCUUCGACAUCACCUCCAGCUCGCCGUUCUACCCACCUAUGCGGCCCCUGCAAAUCGCAACCAGCGCCUUCCUCUUCGGCAAGCCUGUUGCCUACUUCGGCGGCUCGUCGCCGAGCCAGAUGUUGCGCGCGGGAGGCUUCUCCAGCGACGUGAGCGCCGGCGUCUUCGUCGGCGGGAAUUUGGACGAGAUGGUCAAGGCUGUCGAGGAUGGGCUGAGGACGUUUAAGUUUACGAGUCGUUUCGCGAUGGAUUCGUAG